CUCAAUAACGCACACACAACGUGGAGGGAAAGAUUCGCCCCGCCCCCCCCCACGGGAAUGCGGCCUACCCUUGCUUUAUUGUCAGCGUUGCUGGCGAGUCUUGUUCACUUCCCGCGAGCUGAACGCGUGCUUCUGUUUCGAGGGGGAGGCCCGUCAGGAUCACCGCCAUCGAAAACGCGUGCUACUGGUAGCCGCGGCUUAAGCGACGAUGAUGACCCCCCGCCGAUUAGAGAAGUUGUCGGGGCAGGCGCCGUGGGGGUGUUGGCAGGCCAACUCGUUUUCCAGUCCCUGUUGAUCUCGGCGGGCCUCGGUGUGACAGCGAUGACCAUCGCGGCUAGCUCGGCCGAUGGGGCGGGGGACAUCGCAAGGUCGUCGGGGAGGAUGGCGGUCGCGGCCUUCGACAGGGGCGCAGACUUGAACGAGCGUUACCAUUUCACUGAGAGGUUGGUAAACGGUGCGAAAAUUACUGGGUGGAGGCUCAAGCAGUUCGACCAAGAACACGCGGUCGUGCACCGGGCGACGGACGGCGCGAAAAAGGCUUGGCGCGACUUCAAGCAGUACGACGAGGCGCACGGACUGACGUCGAGGGCGGGAGAGGCAAUGACUUCAGGUCUCGACAAGCUCGCGGAAGCGUUAACCCCACCGCCCUCCAGUAAACCAGGAGGCAGACGCAACAGCAGCAGCACCAGCAGAAGCAGAAGCCAGAACAACAGCAUCGGAAACAACGCUAAUGACGCGGCACGAACUGACCGGGGGAAAAGUGGCUAUGGAACCGGGAAGACGGGAACGGGGCGCGACAAGUUGGGUCGAGGCUUUUGGAAGGAGGCGUUCGAGAAGGGUGAGGGUUGGAGAAGCGGGCUAUGGGGGGCGGAGGAUGACGGUGGGCGGUGGCGCACGAAGAAAAGAGAUGGAGGAGGUGGUGGGAGCAAGAGGGUGCGACAGGAGCGCCAGCGAUCACGAGAUGAUCGAGAUGAGCAGUGGUGGAACAUGCCAAUUUGGAGCGGUGUUGAUGAUGGACGUGAAUGAUUGGUUCUACAAUAUUGCGGGGACGGGGGGCACACCGAGAAAGUAAGGAGCCCGUAAGGCAUGAACAAGAGUACCAUGCUUGCUUGUCGUGUUUUGGUGGUGGCGGGACGUGCGCGUCCGUGUCCCAGAUGGUACUGGGGUCGUUUCUGAUUUGCCUGCAGUUUCAAGAGGGCAGGAUGUCGACCUUGUUGGGAUGCCAUGCACGCACGGACUGACCACAGCUUGUGUUACAUUAGACGACGGUUGCGCUUGGUGUUGUAAAUAGUGUCGUCACGAUUUUGCCUCGAUUUUUUCAUUGUUUUUUUUAUGACCUUUCCAUGUGUCCAUUAUGGGAAUGUUUCCUUGUUUGAUGUGAAUGCCUCCGUAUUUUGUUGUAUAAGAAAGGUUUGCCUCGAAUUUUCCUUGCUUUCCUUUCUCCACUUUUUGUUGUGGUCGCUCUGCGCGUUGAACGAAUUUCGCGCGUGGGUGGAUCGAUGUGCGUAUGGCUCAAGCUUGUGCAUGUCGUGAGUGCGACUACAAUAACAAAGUUGUGUUCAUUGGC